AUGUCAAAUAUAACAACAAUGACACUGCCUCCUGAAGCAUGUCAUCGAAUAGUCCAUUGGACGCGUCGAUGCGAUCUCACUGCGCUGUGCCUGACUAGCAAGUCGCUUCAGAAAUCUGCAGAGAUCAGGCUAUACGAGGUUAUCAUGUCCGGUGAUAUCAAUGUCAUUUUUCGAGCGUGCGAGAGCAUCGUAUCGCAGGAGCGCCUGGGCCCAUACGUCCGCUCCUUCUAUCUCUACCUGAAUGCAAGGCGCACUCAAACAGAGCUGCCCACUCGCUUCUGGAAUAUGGUACAGAAAGCACUUUGGAAAAUGCGUUGUCUGGACGUGCUUUACAUUGAUGAUCCAGCCCGUGCUAAUUCUUGGAUUUUGAAUGACAUCCCAAAAAUUCCGUUUCAGCUCCGAGAAGCAAACUUUCGCCUCCCGUGGAAUCGACACGUCAUAAAGUUCCUGGAGAGCCAGAACAAGCUUAGGCAGUUCCAUAUUUCGGGCGGCAUCGAUGAAGAUGCUCCACAAUUUGAAGAUGGUAGCUUGCCUGACCUGUGCACCUUCGAUGGACACCUCGCUUCAGCCAUGCAUUUACUUUCUCUUCCUUGCUGCCUUCGCCAUCUUCGCAUACCUUUGGAUAGAAGCACUAACAAGCAGCUUUUGGAUUUUAUUCCCAAACUCUCUACCCUCUCGCGAACUCUCCGUUCACUGAAUAUCAUUCAUAUUCCCGAGGAAUUGUCGGUGGAAGCGAUCAAGCUCAUUUCGUUUGUGUGCCCUGACCUUCAUUAUGUUGGAAUUAUCCCAUUACCAAUGACUUUUCCCCACCGCAGCAUGAUUCAUGACGCUCUUUUGGCUAUGCAUAACCUACGAGAUCUCGAAAUCGAUGUAUCGCGAUGGUCGCCUCUACCCAAUACAGGUUCACUGCAACGCAUGCUUGCAACUGAACUCCACACAUACUGCCCUUCUAUAGAGCACAUCGUUCUCCGCACAGGAAGCAACCGAACAUUGUGGUAUUUCGACGGAAAUGAGUGGAAUAUUCGUUCAGAAAACGGGCAACAUCUGCUCGUCGAUGGAUUAUGGAAGAAUAGAUGA